UGGUUCCUUUUAGAACCAUUUGAUUCAGUAAACUUGUAUAAUUAUUUUAAGUUAUAUAUUUUCAUAAGCAGUACAUGGUUUAUUCAUUUUGGUCUCACCUCUUCCUUUUUGCUCCAAUGCAUGUUGCCCUUAACAAUUUUUUUUUGUGUGUAUAAGCUCACACAUACUAGGCAUGUAUGUUUGUUUAAUGAUGAUAGAUAUCAAAAUAUUGUUUUGAUUGUAAACAGCUCCUACAAAGCUCCUGUACAUGUGUGAAUGUGCAUAAAACUAAAAUUGUUUGAUAUCUUAUAAAUCUUAGAAAUCAGUAGCAAAAUGACAAUGUUCAAUAUCCUUCUAAACAGUGGUUUUGUUAAAAACUGUAAAUUGAGAUUAAGGAAUGGCAAAAGACAAACAAUGAACUCAGUAUUUACCAGUCUUUAUCAUAAAUUGUGUCUUAAAUGCAUUUCAUUUUAUGCUCUAUAACAACAAUGGGGGAGCUUAAAUGUAGCAUUGUAAUGCUAAUCACUCCCUUUCAAUUCGUGUGUAAUGAUAUAAAUAGCAUGGAAAGAGUCAGAGCUCUGUUGCUACUGGAAUGUAAUAUAGCUACUGGUUAAUGUAAUGUCUACAUGGACCAGGAAUUAUGAAACUUUGGUAUAACAAAACUCUGCCUUUAUAGGGCUGAUUGCAACUGAACAGUUGCAUGUGACUGCAUUAUGAAUUGGUUUAAGAAACGACUCCGGCCAGCUAAUCAAUCAGCUGGUGGAACCAGCAAUGGCAUAAGAACAAGUUUCCCAAAGAACAACAAAGUAUCUGCAUUACAAAGCCCAGAUCAUGGAAAACAAAGUAGCAGGGAAAAGGUUUUAGUAAAGAAAGAUUCUGUUCUACGAAAUCCUACUCCUAAAACACAAGUUAGUGCUGUUACUGGGAGUAGAUCAAAUGUGGGAAAUUCUCAGCCUGCUUUGGGCAGUGGACUAGAAGCAAGUUUUGCUUCUCUAAGACGGAGUUCAGCUACUCCAGACUUGCUCAAUACUAGUAGUGUAUUUGAUCCAUCUGAAAAACCACACUCCUCAUCCAAGCCCAGCAGUGCAGGAACAAGGUCAUCCUCUCCUCGUCUCAAGAGACCUCCAACAAAGGAAUCACGAAGUGUCUCUAUCUGUGAAACAGAGAACUUUUUACAGCUCAAUCAGUAUAGACUUAUGGAUGAAAUUGGAAAGGGUUCUUAUGGAGUUGUCAGGCUAUGUUAUUNGCUAUUUCACAUGAUCAUAGGAACAAAAUAUCUUACUAAAUUUGCAAUUGUUUCUUGUUUUGUCUUAAAAAAUAACAGAGAGGUUAUGGCAGUACCUGGACCACCCCUGUCAGAGCAAGAUGCCAGAAAAUACUUCAUUGAUGUUGUGUUAGGAAUUGAAUACUUACACUAUCAGAAGAUUGUUCAUAGAGAUAUAAAACCAUCAAAUCUCCUCCUAGGAGAGGAUGGUCAUAUUAAGAUUGCAGAUUUUGGUGUAGCUGACGUCUUUGAGGGUGAUGAUGCCUUGUUAAAUAAAACUGCAGGAUCACCAGCAUUUAUGGCCCCAGAAUCUUUACAAAAUUCACGUGACCAGUACAGUGGAAAGGCUGCUGACAUAUGGGCUUUAGGAAUCACUCUGUACUGUUUUAUCUUUGGCAAGGUUCCAUUUGAUGACAUAAACAGGAUGGGCCUUUAUGAGAAGAUCAGAACUGAAGAACUGACCUUUCCAGAAGAGCCACCAUUAAACCCUCAGUUAGAAGAUCUUAUCUUGCGAAUGUUGACUAAGGAUCCCAACGAAAGAAUUAACAUCCAGCAAAUCAAGGAACAUCCAUGGGUCACCUAUGGUGGCAAACAACCUCUGCCAUGCACUGCUGAAAACUGCACUGAUAUUGAAGUUACAGAGGACGAUAUUCAGAACAGUGUAAAGUCUAUUCCAAAAAUUAAGACUCUGAUACUUGUCAAGAGCAUGCUGAAAUACCACACAUUUGGAAGCCAAACGAAAAUAGAACGGAUUCGUUCCCACUCACAACCCAACAUUGCACCAGAAGCAGAGGAGAGAAAAAUCACCAAGAUUUAAUCCUCAACUGUUAUCAUAUAAUUUAUGACACACAGAUGUUGUGAACUGGCAUGAUUCCAUGUCAGUAGAGCAUUGGCCAGGGUCACACAUUCCUUUGGGAAAUUUUUUGUUUUGCAAUCUUUUUUAAGAAGUAGUUGAGGUGGUAAGAUCUUUGGGUUUUUUGUACAGCCUGUAUGCUAAAAGAAAUUGCAAUGGCAAAUUGGCUCACAGACAAUAUUAUUUUGCAUUCUAUCUUUAUUAGCAUCUGUUCUGCUUUGGCUUUAUAGUUUAAGGGUGCCUUCCUUUGGGGUGAUCUGAAUCAGGAUCAGUGGUCCAAGAUCACUUGGAUCAUGGUUCA